GAAAGCAGUUGAGAGAGCAGCAGCCAUGGAGAUGAUGGAGGCGCGCGGCGACCUGCGAUCGAUCCCGGUGGUGCCGCGCGGCGGGGCGCUCUUCUGGCCGGCGGCGGCGCAGGAGCAGCUGAGGGCGCUGUCCCCCGGCCCCGACGUCAGCCGGGUCGCAUCCGACGCGCUCCACGACCUCCGGCAGGCCCUCGAUCGCCCUCCCCGCGCGCGCCGCCGAGGGAUUCGCGCUCACGUUCCUGCCGUAGCACCGCGCUCCCGGCGCUCCCCCGCCUCCUCCUCCGCCUCCCGAAGCUGCUCGACGACCACUACGCCGGCGCCCGGGCCGCGCUCGGGCUCCGCCUCCUGGUCCCCCAGGACGCGGGCGCCGUGCUCUUGGGCCAGGAGCUCGCGGCCCUGCUCUUCUGCCUGUUCCCCACCGCCGGACAUCAAUUUCGACGCCUUGUUCGCGGUUUGAUCGACAGGGCACUGACUAAUAAUGUGAGGUGCCGGUUUUGUGUCGUUUGAGCGGCGGCUCCCUCUCCGGUGGCGUUGCUUACACUGACAGGCUGACACUGAUGCUUGGAUGAAAUCUAGCGCUCCCCUCUGCCCAUUCUGGGAUACCAAAAAGGGUGUGCUAUAUAUAGCCCACAAAAAUGGCGAGAAUACGUGAAAACAAGGAUUGUUCCGAGACCCCAAAACGGUGUACUAUAACCGACGAAAAAUGUCAAAAACACGAAAAAGGGGAGUUUUCAGGACAUCCUAGUAACUCUGUACCCGGAUCCACUGGACAUGCCUAACACUGUAGUAACCAUUUACUAGGAUCUGCUGGACCUUGAAUGUCUUGAGAUCCCAAAACGGUGUGCACACAUAGUUAUACCUCCUGAAAAGGAUGAAACAAUGCCUUUUGUACUGGUAGGAAGGAUCUUAGGACCAUGCUGAUCAGACUAGAAAAGAAAAGCUUAAUUUCUUCUCACUUGGAUAAGACACACUUCACAAAGUUGAGGCAAAUGGGCAUCUUGGUACCCAACGCAGUAUUUUUCAACUUUCUCCACACUUGCAGCGGAUGUGGCUUGUAUUAUUCCACGUAUUAUAUUAGCAAGUUAACAUUCAUUCACAAAAAAAGCAAGUUAACAUCACAGUUAUGAAAAUAGACUGUUUUGACAAUGACCUGAUUCUGGCUCCUGAAGCCAGGUCAAAUCCUUUUGAGUGUUAAGUACAAAAAAAAUCAAUAGGAAGCACAUCAGCUUAGCUGUACAUGGAUAAGGGAGACCCCACCCUGAUUGAGAGUUAUAAGCCUGGUACAUUGUCUUCAUUCAUCUGUCCAAGAUGUGUCAUUCUCCUUGAGGACUUUUCAUCAAGCUUGGCGGCCGCAAAAGUCGAACUUGGUCUACUUGCACUGAAAAGCUCUUGUCUGUUGACAUGGGUGACACUGAAGCACCCUGUAUGCAUCCACCAAGAAAUUUAUGGUAUACAAGUAGUACUUGUGCUGCCAUGAGCUGAAACCAUCUCUGCAACCAUGGCUCCUACUCUUUCACUUCUGCUUGCCACCACUUCCAUGGCUCUGCUCUUAUUUUCAAGAGCUGUAGCACAUGACACUCUGCCGUUGGGAUCCUCUCUAGCCGUCGAAGCCUUCCAAACCGACGUGCUGCAGUCACCGGAUGGCACCUUCUCCUGCGGCUUCUACAGCAUCUACACCGACGCCUUCACAUUUUCGAUAUGGCACUCCAAGGCUGCAGACAAAACCGUCGUCUGGAGUGCAAAUCGCGGCCGCCCUGUCCAUGUCAAAAGGGCAGCCUUCACCUUGCAGAGGGAUGGCAAUAUGGUCCUCGUAGAUUAUGAUGGCGCGGUUGUGUGGCAAGCUGGCGGCAACUUCACGAAUGUUCAGCAAGCUCAGCUGUUGGAUACUGGGAAUCUCAUCUUGAAGGAUACCGAUGGUAAGACAAUAUGGCAGAGUUUUGAUUCACCCACGGACACUAUACUGCCGACGCAACACUUCACCGCUUCUACAAAGUUAGUGCCUACAACCCGGUCACAUGUUUCUGGUAACUACAUAUUCCGUUUCAGCGAUCUUUCGGUACUGUCACUUAUAUAUGACAUUCCUGAGGUUUCGGAUAUAUACUGGCCAGACCCUGACCAGACUCUCUAUGAGGAUAAUAGAAACCAGUAUAACAAUACUAGAUUGGGGAUUUUGGACAGUAAUGGGAGUUUUGGGUCGAGUGAUUUUGCUGAUGGCCGGCCACUUGUGGCCUGUGAUGCAGGGCCAGGGAUUAAGAGAAGGCUAACUCUGGAUCCUGAUGGUAAUCUCCGGUUAUAUAGCUUGAAUGACUUAGAUGGGUCAUGGUCAGUUUCAAUGGCAGCAAUAUCUCAACCUUGCAACGUCCACGGCUUAUGCGGUCCUAAUGGAAUCUGUCACUACUCACCUAAACCUACAUGUUCGUGUGCACCAGGCUAUGUGAUGAGCAACCCGGGUAAUUGGACUGAAGGUUGCACGGCUAUUGUCAACAUAACAUGUGAUCAUCAGGAACCUAUGAAGUUUGUGAAACUCAAGCAUACAGAUUUUUGGGGCUCUGAUCAGAAACAUUUGCUCCCGGUUUCCUUUUAUUAUUGUAGGAAUAUCUGCAUGAAUGACUGCACCUGCAAAGGCUUUCAGUACCAGGAAGAUACAUCCUCAUGCUAUCCAAAAGCUAGUCUUUUCAGCGGACGGACCUACCCAACAAACGAUGCACGGACAAUAUAUCUCAAGCUUCCUGACAGGGUAAAUGUUUCAAAUACAGCUUUCCCUCGCUCCGAUGUGUUUGAUCCUGCACCACCUCAUCUUGACUGCAACCAAAUGAGCAUACCACCAAUUCUAGAAGCGCAUAACACCGAUGUGGAAGAACCAAAGUGGCUGUACUUCUACGGUUUCAUAGCUGCAUUUUUUGUCGUUGAGGUUUCCUUUAUAGCAUUCACAUGGUUCUUUGUUUUGAGAAGAGAGGUUAGGCCAUCAGAAGUAUGGGCGACCGAGGAAGGAUACAAGGUGAUGACCAGUCAUUUUAGAAGGUACAGUUACAGAGAACUUGUGAAGGCAACAAUGAAUUUCAAAGUUGAGCUGGGAAGGGGAAGCUCGGGUGUGGUGUACAAAGGUGUCUUAGAAGAUGAAAGACCAGUUGCUCUGAAGAAGCUGAAGCAUAUAAGUCGGGGCAAAGAAGAGUUCCAAGCCGAGCUGAGUGUGAUUGCUAGGAUUUACCACAUGAAUCUGGUGAGAAUAUGGGGGUUUUGUUCGGAAGGAUCUCACAGGCUGUUGGUUUGUGAAUAUGUCGAGAACGGCUCACUUGCUAGCAUUUUGUUCGGUGAUAAAAGCAUCAUCUUGCUGGACUGGAAGCAACGGUUCAAUAUUGCAUUAGGUGUUGCGAAAGGGUUGGCCUAUCUUCACCAUGAGUGCCUAGAAUGGGUCAUCCAUUGCGAUGUGAAACCCGAGAAUAUACUCUUGGACCAAAACUUUGAGCCUAAGAUCACUGACUUUGGGUUGGCAAAGUUACUAAACCGAGGUGGAUCCAACCAGAACACAUCUCAUGUGCGAGGAACCACAGGCUACAUUGCUCCCGAGUGGAUUUCCGGCCGCCCUAUCACGUCGAAAGUCGACGUGUAUAGCUAUGGAGUUGUGCUUCUUGAGCUUCUAUCUGGAAGCAGAGUAUCGGAGUUGACCGUUGGUUCAGAUGCAGAGGUGGACAUGGUGAUCAGGAAGCUUGUCACAAUGCUUGCAGAUAAGCUGGAAGGAAAUGAUGAAUCUUGGAUUGAAGAAUUUGUGGAUUGCAAAUUGGGCGGGCAAUUCAGCUAUGUGCAGGCUAGAACGUUGAUCAAAUUGGUCGUUUCUUGUUUGGAGGAAGAUACAAGAAAGAGGUCGACUAUGGAAUCUGUUGUUCAGACUCUCCUAUCAUCUGAUGAAGCUGAUAAAUAGUAGUACUAUUUGAUUUUGUUGGUAAGUUUCAAUUAAGGCAAUGAUAUUUUAUUGUAAGGUCAAGGAUGUAUGCGUGAAACAAUGUGGAAAAACCAUGAUAUUUUUUCUAAUUGUAGUCAUUGAUAAAAAAAAUGUAAUAGACCGAUGGUAAUAAGUGUGGAACAGAUUAGUAAGAGCCGCAGAAAGCGAAAGACGGCACACUGGUACAUGCAAGGUCACGUAUAUGGUUGACAUCAGUGUGUUGUGUCUUGAUUUCUAUCCUUAAGAGGAAAAAUGCCAGGCCAUGAUUUACACUUU